AUGGCACAUCUCAUCCGAGGCAAGCAGGCAGGCAUCCAGAACGACCUCAGCGCCGGAUUGAGCUCGGAACUCUUCGCCUUGGACGACCUGGCUCGAUAUGGAGUCAACUCUCAAAUAGCAUGUCUGGCUUAUGACCCCGUCCAAUCCCUUCUGGCCGUGGGCACCAAGAGCUCUCAAUUCGGACCAGGUCAGAUCUACAUCUUUGGAAGGGGCAGGAUCUCCGCCGUCCUACCUGUACCAGCACGGGGAGCAAGCCCUCAAACAUUACAGUUCUGCGCUGAGAAGCUCGUGUGUCUGGACUCGAAGCACGAUGUCUCCAUCUAUUCCAUUGAGCUGAAGAGACUCAUUACUUCUUACUCACCACCUGGCGUGGUGACGGCGUUAUGCACGGAUCCAAUGCUGGAUUAUGCAAUACUGGGCAUGCAGACUGGCGAGAUAUUGGCCUAUGACAUGGACCGAGAGUCGCCUGCGCCGUUCAGAGUGCCCAGUCUGUGGCAAGAAGUCGACCCCAAAGCACGGGUGUCCAACAUCGUGUCAUUGCAAUUCCAUCCCCGAGACAUUGGGACGCUGCUCAUUGGAUACACGCACGGCGCGGCCAUCUACAGCUUCAAGCUGAAUAAAGCUCUCAGAUUCUUCCCGUACGAGGUACCUCGGGGUGCGCCUGGAGGAGAUGGCGACGCGGCUGCUGCGUCUAUGCCAAGAAGGCCGCGAUUGACGCAGGCUGUCUGGCAUCCGACUGGAACCUUUAUCAUGACUGGUCACGACGACAGCUCAAUUGUCUUCUGGGACACCAUCAAAGACGGCAGGAUGCUCAUGGCGCGCACAUUAACAGACACCAACGUAGCCACUCCUGGCACCGUGACUGGUAACGCAGGAUCGAGACCGGGCACCAUGGCCGUCAAAGAACCUCUAUUCCGUAUGUCGUGGUGUGCAAAUCAGCAAGACCCUGAAGAUACAAUGAUCCUGAUCGCAGGCGGUCAGUCCACACAGGCCCCCACGAAAGGCUUGACACUGUUCGAGAUGGGUCGCACGCCCGUCUACGCCACCAGCACGUGGGACAUACUGGUCGGGUACUUCGACUCGCCGAAGCGUCAGAGGAUACUGCCCACUCCUCCUGGGGCUGAAGUAAUCGACUAUUGCUUGAUCCCCCGUACCUCGCCUCACUUUGCUGGUGCACAUGAUCCUAUCGCUGUAAUUGCUCUGCUCUCCUCGGGAGAGCUCCUCACUCUGUCCUUCCCAUCGGGAAUGCCGAUCAGUCCCACGAACCAGCUGCAUCUGUCCCUCACUUUCGUACACCCGUUCGUGAAGUCAAUCAACUCUGCACAAGUUGAGCGCGACCGUUGGCUGGGCUUGCAAGAGCGUCGUCAGCAAGGUCCCUUGAUACUGCAAGGUGGUAGCGAGCUCCCUCAUCACACAAGAAAGAGUGGGAGUCGAAGCAUCGUACACACGGUCCACGCUGAUGGCACAAUCCGGUUUUGGGAUCCCGGCUAUGGCGAUGAGAUUGAGAACGAGAAGCUUCUGCAAGUGGACGUGGCUCGCGCUGUCGGUCGCUGGAACGACGUCGAUAUCACCGCGACCUCGUUUGCAGGGGCCAGCGCAGAGCUUGCAGUCGGUUUGCGCAGUGGCGAGCUGGUCGUCUUCCGCUGGAGCACUAAUCGCAGCGCGGGUAAGGAACCGCCGCAAGCAAGACCAAAUCAAGCUGGGGCGCUCACAAGCAUCACCGACCGCAUCGAACCCUCAUUGAGUGAGGGUCUGUGUCCUUUGACACUCCUCGAUCAGAAAGAUGGGCUGGUGACAGCUGUUGCAAUGAGCGAGAUAGGCUUUGUCGCAGCUGCAUUCGAAGGUGGAAGCGUUGUAGUAGUCGACUUGCGCGGACCCGCCAUUAUCCUCAACACAUCCGUACAGGAAUUUGCUAAGAGCCGCAAGUCUGGCAGUCUUCGUCGACGGGCGAGCAGCGCGAGCGACAAACCAGAAUGGGCGACGCAGUUGGAAUUCAGCAUCAUGUCACUUGAGGGAGAAGACUACAGUUCGAUUCUUGUUCACGUUGGGACCAACGCGGGUAAUCUCGCCACCUUCAAGAUUCUGCCAGACCCAAGUGGCAGGUACACCGUACAGUACGCUGGCCACGUCGCACUGGACGGCAGUAAGGUAAUGUACAUUGCCCCGAUCAAUGCGGAUGUCGGUAAGCCAGCUGCUGCCUCGCAAGCAGCAAUGGGCGGCCUCCGCAACGGACUGAAAGUCAACGGAGCCUUGAUAGCCGUCACGCCGACGAGCAUCCACAUUUUCAAACCCGCGACAUCCAAAGGCGCCCACAAGACCUUUGACAGCUAUUUCUGCGACUGUGCCGGUAUCGUGCGAUACCAGGAUCAAAGCUACGCCGUACUCGGUCUCUUCGGAGACGGCAGAGCCAGAGCCUACACCCUGCCCUCCCUACGAGAACUCACCUCCAUCGACGUAGCCAACAUCAACAACCAAGGCUUCGGAUUAGAUAUCCGCCAACUCCACCGAGCCACCAUCACCCCCACGGGCUCCAUCCUCGCCUUCACGGGCCCCAGCGAGAUCGCCGUCUGCAACAUCUGGGGCGCCGGCGAACCGCUCAUGCGAAGACAAGACCGCGUCUUCCACCCGGACCGCCUCAUCCCACCCCGCCCCACCAUCUCCGCCGUCCAAUGGGUCACGGGAACACAAUACAUCACACCGGCCGACAUGGACAUCCUCAUCGGCGGACCGGACCGUCCGCCCAGCAAACGCAUGAUCGCGCAGGCGCGCUCGGAGGAAGAACAGCGUCGGCAGGCCGGACGGACGAAUGCCCGUGGUGAUGCCGCCGCCGCCGUCGCCGCGCAAUCCGACGAGGGAUACUGGGCCUACAUGCAGCGGCAGAUCCAGGAACGGACGGAGAAAUUGGGCAUCGCGGGCGACGGGAUGGAGAGUCUGGAGCAGAAUAGUGCGAAUUGGCUGCAAGACGUGAAUAAGUUUGUCGGGAGGCAGAAGAAGAGUGCGGCGACUGGGAGUAAGUCUCUUUUCCCCUUUUUCCCCAUUUUCCCUUUUCCCCCAUUUCUUUUCUUUUUUUUUUGAAUGUACAACCGGCGUUUUUGAGGGCGAUCAGAUAUAUCAUACUGACAUUGUCUACUUUUUUUUUCCGCGACGACAGUUAUCAAAGCUCGGUUUGGCUUCUGA